AUGGGUUUCACAGCUAAUGAACCAAGAUAUAAUGUUUUUGCUCGUGAUCUAUUAGAUAUAUCAGCAACUGGAACGAAUGAUUAUUUAUCAUCUCCAAUAAGUGUGUUUUUACUUCUAACAACACUUCUCGGUUCAGGAGGACCCAAAGGUAAUACAAAAGUUCAGAUUGCUGAAGCUUUGGAACUUGAUGACUUCAAAGAAUAUCAGAAAUUGGCUUCACGAACUUUUGCUUUACUAUAUCAUAAUUUGACAAACGAAAAAAUAGAAGGGAAACAAGUUAUUUCAAUAGGAAAUGGAAUGUUUUUACAGAAUAAAACUAAUAUAAAACCUCACUUCUUGACCAGAAUGAAAAAUAUAUUCUACAAUGAUGUAUUUAACGUGGACUUUACCAAAGCGGGAGAUGCUAGAAAAAAUAUUAAUGAAUGGGUCAGUAAUAAAACAAGCCAUUUGAUUCCCACUGUUUUGAAGGAACCACUACCACCGACUACUCUUCUUGCUUUAAUCAAUACUUUAUACUUUAAAGGAAAAUGGAAAAAGCCGUUUUCAAACCAUUCAACUACAGAAGGUGAAUUCAAACCGAACAAUCAACCCAUAAUAAAAAUACCGAUGAUGCACAUCAUGGAUAGCAUUGAAUACGGUUUAUUCCCAAAAUACAAAAUUCACAUGAUUAGUAAAUCAUUCAUGAAUCCACGAUUUUCAUUUAUUGUGAUAUUGCCAACUGAACCGGGAAAACUCGAAUAUGCCGAUAAUGUAUUACGUGGUGAAAUCAAACUACCUCAUUUAGUGAGUAAACUUGAAAGUAAACAAGUCGCUUUAUCUUUACCGAAAUUUCGAUUGGAUUUCUCAAUUGAUCUUAUCGAAACAUUGAAAAACAUGUAUAUCACUGAUUUGUUUGAUUCUGCUAAAGCAGAUCUUAGAGGAAUUACGGAUUCUAAAGUACAUGUACAAGUUCUUCAACAAAGUGUUGCUUUAAAAGUAAAUGAAGAUGGUGUAGAGGCAGCAGCUACAACAGUAAUGGGUAUUGGUCUCAGAAGUGCCAGACCUCCUCCCAGUAUUCGUUUUGACGUUAAUGAAUCAUUUAUUUGUUAUGUUUAUGAUAAAAUACUGAAAACUAGUUUGUUUGCCGGUCGCAUAAUUAAACCCGUACCUUUAACGAACAAUAAAUGAAUGAAAUGUGAAGUAUAGUCAAAAUACGAAACAUUCCAUUACGGUAGCAACUAUUGUACACUUGCUCUGAUACUUUACGAAUAAUGUAUUCACUACGUAGCUACAAAUGUAUCAGUUUUAAC